UCGGCCAUCCAAGCGGCGCUGCUGCGUGUGCCGCGCGUCUCUCCCAUCGUGAACGACGAUGGGAACAAGGGUACAAAGCUCUUUCUUCUCAACGCGCCCAGUCUGGCUGACCUGUCCCAGUCGGUGAGGGGUUGGGCCGCCGACUCAGGCUACGAGAUAGUCCCGCACUCCCUGCACCUGGGCUACGACUGGUUCUCAGCAGACGAGGUCCUCUCUUCCCUCCUCCCCGCUUCGCUCGACCCCUCCUCCUCAUCGCCUGACGCGGCGGGCACCCCAACAGGCUACACCACUAUAGGCCACAUAGCUCAUCUGAACCUGCGCCCGGAGUACGUCCCCUAUCGCCACCUCAUCGGAUCGGUCAUCCUCUCCAAGAACAGCCCACAGAUCCGCACCGUGGUCAACAAGCUCGAUUCCAUCGAUACAGAAUUCCGCUUCUUUGCCAUGGAGCUUCUCGCUGGUGCAGAGGAGUAUCAAGUAGAACAGAGCGAGUCUGGCUGCUUAUUCUGUUUCGAUUUCCGCAAGGUGUACUUCAACUCUCGCCUGCACACGGAACACGCUCGCGUCUGGUCACAACUGGAUAAGGGAGCAGUCGUGGCUGACGUUAUGGCUGGUGUGGGGCCUUUUGCCAUCCCAGCGGCAAAGAAUAGGGGUUGUCGCGUGUACGCCAACGAUUUGAACCCGCACUGCUACGAGGCGCUCAUUACCAAUGCGAAACGCAAUAGGGUUGAGGGCGGGGUGCACUCCUCGUGUGAGGACGGGCGCGCUUUUAUACGGAGCGUGACGGUGAGGGCGUUCAGAAGGGAGAUUGGAGAGGAGUGGCAGGGUGGGGUCAGUCGCACCAAGAUGGAGAAGGCAAGACGGAAUGGAGCUACGCCGGGCAUCACGCCGACACUGCUGGCUCCGCCGAGUCGGUUGGUACAGCACUUCCUCAUGAAUUUGCCCGCCACGGCACUCGAGUUUCUCGACGCCUUUCGCGGGCUGUACACACGGCUCGCAGAAGAGGUGGGGAGGGAAGCGCUUCAGGCCGAGAUUGAGUCAGCCGGGGCGGAGGGGCAAGCAGGGCCGUGGGUUCACGUUCACACCUUUACGAAAGAUAUGGAGGAUCCGGCGAGGGACAUCCUUGCGCGGGCAAACGGGGCUUUGGGUCUCGCGGAGGGGAGUGAGGGGAGAUUGAGGAUCGCAGAGGAGGGCGAGGGAGGAGCACGCCUCCACUGGGUGAGGAAGGUGGCCCCAAAUAAGGACAUGUACUGUUUGGAGUUUAGGGUACCG